GGUUGGAGGCACAGGGCGUGUUACAGUCAAGAGGAAGCUGUCAAGCUUCAGUUUGAAAGCAGAAUCGGCUCUGUCACCUAUAACACCUCACUAGAGUGAAUGAGAAGCGGAUAAGGGACGAUAACGCCACUGCUCCGUUUCUGUCUUUAAUAUUGCGUAACGCGCGAUGCUGCUGAUAUAUGAGCAGCCAGCUGAUAUUUCACAGCUCACGGCAGCCUGAUGGAGGGGACGAUUGCGGAUCUGAAAACAUCUUAGCACCGCAGAUCAGACACGGAAGGGAUCGAAACUCUCCAGACAGUUUUCACCAGUGAUCUGCAGCUGGCCAUCGAAGAACGAGUUUUUUGGCCUUUAAAAGAGUAAACCGAGAGGAUGGCAGGCCCGGAUUCAUCACAGCAGCAGGUUGAAGAGAAAGCCGAGCAGAUAGAUGACGCCGAGCUGGCGUUUCAGGGCAUCAAUAUGCUGCUCAACAAUGGCUUCAGAGAAAGCGACGAGCUCUUCCGGAGAUACCGGACCCACAGUCCGCUGAUGAGCUUCGGCGCCAGUUUCGUCAGCUUCUUGAACGCCAUGAUGACAUUCGAGGAGGAGAAGAUGCAGGUGGCCAGCGAUGAUCUGAAAACUACUGAAAAGCUUUGCGAGAGCGACAACGCCGGCGUCAUCGAGACCAUCCGCAACAAGAUCAAGAAGAGCAUGGACUCGCAGAGAGCAGGAGUGGAGAUUGUGGAUCGUCUUCAGAGACAGAUCAUCGUGGCUGACUGUCAAGUUUAUCUCGCCGUGCUGUCGUUCGUCAAACAGGAACUCUCAGCAUACAUCAAAGGAGGCUGGAUCCUCCGCAAGGCCUGGAAAAUGUACAACAAAUGCUACAGCGACAUCAGCCAGCUGCAGGAAGCCUGCCGCCGACGCUCUUCCGACCAGCAGGGGGCGCUGGCCUCCGAUCAGGCCAAUCACAACACCUCAGGCGAGAGCGGCGGCCGGGUAACAGAAGAGGUUCUGGACCGUCUGAAGGGUUCGGUCAGCUUCGGCUAUGGGCUCUUUCACUUGUGUAUUUCGAUGGUGCCUCCACACCUGCUCAAGAUCAUCAACCUGCUGGGCUUCCCUGGAGACCGUCAGCAAGGUCUCGACUCCUUAGCAUGUGCCAGCGAGAGCAAAGAUAUGAAGGCGCCACUCGCAACUUUGGCUCUUUUGUGGUAUCACACUGUGGUGCAGCCCUUCUUUGCUCUGGACGGCUCUGACUCGCAAGCCGGGCUCCUGGAAGCCAAAGCCAUUCUGCAGAAGAAGGCGAUUGUUUACCCAAACUCCUCUCUCUUCAUCUUCUUUAGGGGACGGGUGCAGAGAUUAGAGUGCCAAAUCAACAGUGCGCUGACGUCAUUUCAGGAUGCUCUGGAAUUUGCCUCAGACCAAAGAGAAAUCCAACACGUGUGCCUCUAUGAAAUCGGCUGGUGCAGCAUGAUCGAGAUGAACUUUGAAGACGCCUUCAGGUCGUUUGAGCGGCUGAAGAACGAAUCCCGCUGGUCUCAGUGUUACUACGCUUACCUCACUGGAGUAUGUCAGGGGGCUUCUGGUGAUCUAGAGGGAGCCAAAGCUGUUUUCCAAGAUGUCCAGAGGCUUUUCAAACGCAAGAACAAUCAGAUCGAGCAGUUUGCACUGAAAAGAGCAGAGAUGCUGAGGAAAGUCUCCCUUACGCGAGAGCUGUGCAUUCUGGGUGUUGUGGAGGUGCUGUACUUAUGGAAAGCUCUUCUAAACUGCUCUUCCUCCAAACUCCAGCUUAUGAAUCAAGUGCUACAGGGGCUGGACGAGCAGUCAAGCCUGGGCCUAAAGCACCUGCUGCUUGGGGCCAUUCAUAAAUGUCUUGGGAAUAUUAAAGACGCUGUUCAGUCGUUCCAGCUGGCGGUGCAGGAUGAAUACGGCCGUCAGACAAACAGCUAUGUGCAGCCCUAUUGCUGCUAUGAGAUGGGCUGUGUGUUACUGGCUAAACCAGAGACCCUGAGUAGAGGAAGAUCAUUGCUGCUUCAGGCCAAGGAGAACUACGCCGGGUACGACUUCGAGAACAGGCUGCACGUCCGCAUCCAUUCUGCCCUCGCCUCCAUAAAGGAAGUGGUCCCUCGCUGACCCGUCCGACCUCAGAAGAGCACCGUACUUUUGACCGCUCCUUUCCAGCACUUUUUGAAAUGAAAGCCAUUUGAAGUAAUCCAGCUCUUCUGGAGGGAGAAACUGAAAGUCAGCGGAUUUCAGGUGAUCGAGGACGAGUUGGCCGAUAUUUUUCAGCCUAGAAUUGAAAAGGUUCACUCUUCAUGUAGCUGUUGGUCCCAGUGAUGUAAUCUAAUUUUCACGUUCACAUUUACACCCACGUCAUAGUGCAGAUCCACAGAUUUUGUGUGUUCAGGAUUGAUCUGCAGAAGUGCAGGAAAACGUAACCCUCACAAACAAACACGAGAGUAGACCGACUGGUUAGAUCCUUUCCCAGAGCUUGUUAUAUCAUACAAAACACAUUAGCAUGGGAUAGAACUCUACAUUAGAUAACAUUAAUACCAAAAAAUGAAAAAUAUAUCGUGUAACCCUUUAUCUCAAAGAAAUAAUAGUAUCCAAACUUAACAAUAACUACCUGUGUCAAAUCAAGUUUGUAUGCGUCUGGUGUAAUGGCGGACCGAUAUGAGACCGAUAUGGCCAUGCUAUGAUUUCACUUAAAUAAAUGUUUAACUAUAUAAUUAGUCCAAUUUGCAUCAAAUCUGUGUUCAGUUAACGAUAUUGAAAUGUAUUCUUACUUAAUUAACUAUAGUAAUUAUUUUUAUGAUCCAGUAAAACUUAAUUUUAAAGUGUUCUUGUCCAUUUCUAUACUAAUUAGAGUAAAUUCUGAAAGUUAUAAAUUAUGUACUUUUUUUGGAGCAAGUUGUGUUAAUAUAUUUAAGAAAAUUACAUAUAAUAAUAAUGAAUUAAUUAAUAGGAUUAUAACAUAAUUUAUGGAGCAAAGUUCUGUAAUUAUGUAUAAAAUUCAGAUUACCUGAAUGUGGAGCCAGUAGUAUUAGUAAUAUAUUUUUAAAUAAUAUAAAGAAAUGUUAAUAUUUCUAAAGAAAAUUAUUAAUUAUCAAUUUUAUAUUAUGUAUACUAAUUAUUAUUAAUUAUACAUUUUUAUCAUUAUUAUUAUUAUAUCAUUUUCAUAAAAUAUUACACUUUGUGUGUAUAUCGAUAGAUAGAAAAUCCCUUACAGGAUUACUGAACUUUGCUCCAUAAAUUAAAAAUAAAACAAUUCUAUAAAAUCUAAUAUUUGGAUGUCUGUCUUUCUUUCUAUUAAAAAGUAUGCCUUUUCAUGUAGCUAAAAUGGUCAAAUAUUGGUUGUUGGAUCAGUCCGAUAUAUCGGUCUCUCAUUAUUCUACUUGAAGACGCUUUUGCAGGUUAAAACGCAUUCCAUUCAAGGUGGGCAGUUUUCAUUGUAUGUAUUGCAAGGUUUCAUUUUAACACUAAACCAUGUGUUCCCUUAGUAACCCUUACAAAUAAUUUUACGGAUAUAAAACAUAUUUCAUUAAAUCUGCUAUCUGUGUAUUAAGUUCGAGAACGGCAGCUUAGUUUUGCCAUAAGUUUCAUUCUCAUAUCCUCUGAUGGUCAGCAGAUUUUUUCUGAAGUGAAAACCAUGCACAACUACCUACUGGUCUUCCUCUGGGCCAGAGGAGGUAAUUUAAUUUCAGAACUAGUUUUUGAUGAGCCGUAAGUUGUAUUUGUUUUUUUGUGCCAGAUGUUCUGUAAUAUUUUUGGCCUAGGCUUAUUGUUUAUAGAUUUUAACACCACAUCAGUAUCUCUUUUUGAUGAUAUCUGAAUAACUUGAAUUGAUUUUAGUGGGUGUAUAUACUGUAAAAUUGUUGUGAAACUUUCACCACCUUAUUUUCUCGGCCUGUAGCUGUAACGUCUUUCCCACCGUUGAGCUUUAAUUCACUACUGUACGUGAUUUCCUCUGGUCUCUCUGUCAGUAACCCCAGAGGCUCAAAACAUGUCUUCACUGUGAAACGUGUCAAUAUUGGAUGUUCAGGGUAUUUAUACCUUGUGAGGACAAUAGAAUUAGGACAUUCCAAUAAUAAAAUAACGAAACUUGCCAUUAAA